CCCGCCGACGGCUGGUGGCAAGGCAUUGGUGCCACAGAAAGGAAAGUCUCUCGUGGGUCUGGAUUUGUAUUGGCACCGGCGACCGCGGACCAUCAGGCCAGGGGAUGAACCAUUAGUACCGCUGUGCUAUUAUGUUACUGUUGGGAUUUGUUUAAGCGUUUUCUGCUUCGGUGGCAUUGCGCCAUUGCGCCCAUGCUUUCCUCUCCUUUCGGGUCUGGAAUGGGAUCUCUCCUCUCGCGUCUCGACUCUGUCACCGUGCGCGAAAAGAACACCGCGAGAAAAUCACGCCCAUACAAGAGGAGCCAGGAGUAAUUGGUUCGCAUCAGGACCGAGAAUCCGGAGUGAGCUCCAGCCUCUAGGCGCAGCGGGCUGCUUGCGAUCCUUGCGAGUAGGGCAGCGGGGCAGGAACCGACGCCAUCAGUCUUCAGCUCCGACGUUCUGAUUUGUUGGUGUUGCUGCGACGGAGAGAGUGGCAGCGAGAGGAACGAUAGACUUACGAUGGCUUCUCGUUGUUGUGUCCUGUCCUGUGCUUGCGGAAUCGCCGUCUCCUUUUACGAGUCUCCUCUCCUGAUGAUCUUUGCCGGCAGCCCCGUUUGACUAACAUUCUGGAUCAGCUCAGUGGUGCCGAGGGCUAAAUUGCCGUGGCAACUCUGAGUGGUGUAAUUUUAGCUCUGUGGAUGUCACGUACCUCCUAAAUUACAAGAAGGCGAUUUUUGAGAAAAGACGGGGAGUGGGAGAGGGAAGGAGGCGCCAAGCAGUUGCUCGGUUUGUGUCGGUGUUUUGUCGGAGGGUUCUCGUGACUGAGUGGUGAAGCGCUUUUUUGAUGGACAAAAAGCCUCUUAUUAUCCCUGGCGAUAAUCGACUCGACUCGUCACAGAAUUUGCAUCACUCUGUGCUCGUCGGAGCGGCGCAUGAAAUGUUUCAAAGUGGUCAUGGUCUUGGGACUUCUUCAAACAUGACUCCGGGCUCCAUGUGCAAUCUUCACCCUCCUUUGAGCUCUUUUGGUGCAGAGUCCAACUUACACGAGCUGCUCGCACACGCCAGUCCUCAUGCUGGUUCUCAUGCGCAAUCUCUGAACCACUCUUCGAAUCACCCUGCAGACUUUUUGGCCACUCUGGGUGAUGGAGUGUUGGGUGAAUCCAGUGACAAUCAUAUGUUCCACAGGCAGAUGGAGUUUUCAAAGCAAAAAUGGACGACCCCUUCCAAGCUCACGCCGGGUCCCUUCUGGAUGCUGCCGCACCAUCUCGAUCCAGCAAACUACCCUCUUCCCGGACUUGCUGUCAGCGGCACGAGCUCCCCAAAGACCAAUGUUGGCCCUUCUGCUGGCGAGGACUCCUCUAACCCGAACAGACAGGUGUGGUGUGAAAGGGGUGCGAAUCAAGUUCUAAUGAAAUCAGAGGAUAAUGUGGCUACUCUGAAGCUUCCGAUGGUCGUCAAACCCGACAGGUCGCUGCUUUGUGAUGGCUCCGGGGCUCCCGUGGAUUCACCCAAAGGAGCGAAUGGCAAUCUGAUCAACAGGGAUACCUCUGAUAUGGAUGCCAAGCAGCUAGAUUCCUCCGAUUGCAGUGAUCAUAACAUGGAUGAACAGGAGGAGAAGGAUCAAGCAACACGAAACGGAGCCGGAAGGACGGUGUCCAAAAAUCUAGUCUCUGAGCGGAAACGAAGAAAAAAACUCAAUGAUGGUCUUUACACUCUGCGUGCCCUUGUUCCGAAAAUUAGCAAGAUGGACAAGGCAUCAAUUGUGGGUGAUGCUAUUGACUAUGUGCGCGAGUUACAAAAGCAGGUUGAAGAGUUGCAGGCUGAUAUAUCUGACAUUGAAUCAACCAAGCCUACAACCGGACCUGGAGGUGAAGCGUCAUUAUCAUCUGUGGCAGAGCCAAGUACGGCUCAGGGUUCCACAGCUCCAUCCAGCGGUCGUUCUUGGGAGGAAGAAGGCCACAGAACGUCUGAGGGUCAGCCUCGUCAAGAAAUGAGCGAAGCUCCGUUUGAGGAUACAACAGAACAGAAAAUUCUCGAGUUGGAUGUUGCGAAGAUGGAAGAGCAGAUCUAUCAUCUCCGAAUCUUUUGUACCAAAGGACCCGGUGUAUUUGUGCAAUUGAUGCAAUCUUUGGAGGCCUUGGGUCUUGAAAUACGCAAUGCCAAUCUGACAUCAUUCCAAGAAAAUUUACUGAACACCUUCAUUGCAGAGAUCAAAGACUGGGAGAUGAUGAAGACCGAAGAGGUUAAGAAGGCCAUUCUGGAUGUGGCUGCUCGUUUUGGUCUGCAACCUUAAGUUUAUACAGAGAUGAGCAGCUUUGCCAACCAUAUUUCUUCAUCACUCCUUUUACGGCCCGUGUGAUUGAGAUAUCUGUCACUUGAGUUUCAAAUCCCAGAUCAGGCUUCAGCUAGCAUAGAUACUUGGCGAAGAAAAGUGGAGGGAGUCCAUUUGGAGCUGCAAGAAAGUAGUCAACAUUAAAGCAAGUCGAUCAAAUACUUACAUAAAACAUUCCAAGUAAAGUGGAGGAAGAAGCUGGAAUUGCAUCCGGUUCUGUAUAUAGUUAUCCCUUUUUGAUAAACUCCCACUCCACCCUUGAGAUAGAAGCAAGUCGAUAGUCCGGGUGUAUCUUGGAACGUUGUUAGUGAGAUUCAAUAUUCUUCCAUACUACUGUAGUAGUAUUUUUUAGAAACAUCUCUUCUAUGUCAGGAACAUUGGUUGAGGCACCUCCACUUGUUUCUACUUCGGGUGAAAUAACACGCAUUCAAGUGCUUAAAUGUGCACGUUCCUUUGCCAAGGUU